CUAAACAAAUAUUACAGUAGUUCCUCCUCGGUCCAGGUAAGGACUUUCCGCUAGCGUUAUCGUAUGCGGCAAAUCUUGAAGUUGAUCCUUGCUUAUGUGAUUAAUAUGAUCAUCCAUAAGUUCUGAUGGUUGGGCAUCGAAACCCUCGUAACUAUCGCCUCCCUUCAAAACGAUUCGAUCCGGUACAUUCAUCAUCUGCAUGAGGCGUUCUUUUUGGGGAACGUCUUGAUUCUCGAAACCCAAACUUUUUAA